AUGCCCCUUCGAAAUAGAAAGACGGAAGGUCAAAAGAGCAGCAGGCCUAUUGUCAGGAAAACGAGGCCCGCUACCUCGAGAAACAGCACCGGCGCCGCCGCAGUGCCUCCAGAAAACGCCAGUUCAGCCUCGAUCUCACUAUCAGAAAGCGAGUCGGAUAUCGAACGAGUUAGCCAGAAAGCGAAUGCACUUUUAGGCAGUUUUUUGUCCUUUAGAAACCAUAAUAAUGAUGCUUCCACAGAGAGUAUCUCACGAGACUCCCCCGUUAUCCCUACAAAACGACAAGCUGAAUCCAUUGAGACGUCCACGGCAUCAGGGGGGAGUAGAAAGAGAGACGACCACAGUUCCAGAAUAUACAAUCGAGCACAAACGCAGUCAGAAAGUCCACCUUCACAGAUAGCAACGUCUUCGCUUCAUCCUGGGGUGGAAAUACCUGACGGAACACCUCAAACAACUGGACUACCUGCAGACAGACAUAUUUCCCAUCCAUCAACAAGAUUAAAGCGCAGGAACACUAAAAGAAUAAAGAGGGAAAAUUCUCCAUUUUCUGAUUUUAUUGAGGCUCCGAUACCCCCAGCAUCUCGGUCAUUAAGGCGAAAAAAAGCCCCUCUUAAAUACUACGGACGUACCCCGGGGGACUGUAGUCCGCAGAAUCAAAAUGAAGAAAACUGUCUAGUCAGCAAGCCACUCUCGCCUCCACCUUCUUCUCUUAAUUCAGUGUCCGAACCGUUGAAUGGGUCGGGCCGUGUAUGUUACCGCUCCGCUACUCACAUUGUGGUAAAGGAGCCCCUGGAUGACUUUGCAUCUGAGUAUGCACCUUACUGCUCUCUGAAGGAGAGAAAGGACCUUGAAUCCCUUUUAAAGACGAAGAAGCAUACCAAUAUUAGUUGCGAAGGGACUUUAUUACAUGCUGACCUAUGCAUGAAUGAAUUGAACGCUCUCUACCGCUAUAUGAGAAGCGGGGAGAAAACACGGAACGAAGGCUGUAUCCAGGACCUUAUUACCGAGUAUACUCAGCAAUUGUUUGGUUGCGGUGAAAUUGGGGGUCUGCUUCAGAGACUAGCUACUUUUCAUGAAGUAAAACUGGUCCUUUCACGAUACACCGUGGAUAUACAUGAAUUCCUUUUGGGUUGCCGAAAUUGUGAAAUGGCACAACAGAUCAAGUCUACUAAACAUCUGGUUACCGUAUGCCGGUUUCUGAAAGAAAAGUUUCUGGUCUCUGCUCUUGUUGUGAACAACGAUAUCAAUGCCCAUCUUAAAGCUCUGUUACAACAAGUUGAUGAACAGAAGCUACGAGAAGUGGCUCAAGAAAUAGAGAUUAUAGGACGUCGGGAUUCUCAUGGGUUUCGCGCAUUUCUAACUGAUGCUAAAAAUGGCUGGCUGUCUACCUCGCCGUCAAUUAUUCGAGCUUAUCCAUCCAAACCAUACGAACAUCUACAGCCGUACGAUACUGCCAAUGUAUUGUCUCAUAUUAGAGCCCGUGAGCUUGGAUACCGGGUAUAUAGAGGAAAAUCUUCCAUAUACCGAACCUUGGUCAAAUCCGCAAAUGAAAACUGGGAGCAUUGGAAAUCAUGGAAGGGCGCAUCGCAGGAUGUUGUGGCGCUUGAAUGGUCUCCUGACAGUACUCGUUUUGUGGCCGGAUCUGCAACGUCCUGUUCUCCUGGGAAUAUGAUGUAUAACCGGCGAAAUAACUUAGUGGUGGGAGAUUUAGCUAUCAAUAGGCUUAAAGAACUUCCCGAUCACCGGAUGCCGCGAGCGUUAUUUGACCCAACACGAGCAAAUGAAGGAGGAAGCAGAAACGACUCCCAACUUUACACGUCUAUCAGUGCAGUAGCAUGGUCCAAUGAUGGAACCCGGAUGUUUAGUUCCAGCUAUGACCGAACUGUCAAGGUAUGGGAUGCUUCAAGCCACCAGGAUACUAGAUGUAUCACCACUCUCCGUCACCCUGGGAAGGUCCUAGUUAUGGCGCUUUCGAAGGUUGAUAAUAGUCGAUUGGCUACUGGAUCCGAUCGUGAGAAUAGCUUUCUGCUGUGGCAUGUUGAACAAGAGUACGGCCUUGCUAUUUCUUCAUCAUUAGAGAUAUAUUUACGUCACAAAAAACUCAUGACCCCAACAUCUCUAGCCUGGGGAGUCAACUGUCACACUAAAGAUCUGCUUGCAGCAGGAAUGUCUUUACCCGAUGAUACGGAUAUGCACGGCAACCCUCCGAUUGGUGGUCACCUCGCACUUUGGCGAAUGGAAGAAGCUGGCGUUAGCCAAGUGAAUGUGAUGCCUAACUCACAGAAUGUUUUUGAUAUAUCAUGGCAUCCGACGUCGUCUCUAUUCGCUGCCGGCAUAGCUGCCUGUGGCCGUUCCAAGGGUUUAGGCUCGGACAUCCGGUCAAUGGUAAAUGUUUAUGAUCCAUUGAGGGGUAAGAGGGACAUAGUUAGCUAUGAUUGCCCUGGUAUUGAUAUCAACGAUGUGACGUUUUGCCCAUUCAAUGAGAAUUACAUCUCCGCUGGGUGUACUGACGGAACAACCUAUGUGUGGGACUGGAGAAAUCCCGACAAGAUUCUUCAUAAACUUAAGCAUGGCCCGCCAAUUAGGGAGCAAGAUGUAGGUGUACAGCUUGCACUCUGGGGGGAUCAGCCAAAUAGAUUCUAUACUGGAUCUUCCGACGGGUGUGUGAAACUCUGGAACAUCAUGGCUGCUACAGAGGACGUUUUCGUCAGGGACAUUGCUAAUCUUGGUACUGAUAUAACAUCUGGAGCAUUAUCCCCCGAUAAGACGACUAUGCUCAUUGGAGAUACUGGCGGUAGCAUCCACAUACUUUCCACCUCAUCCCCUCAGAAUGACGACAAGUCAAUGCUAUUCGAACAUGCUGAAGAUGAGCUAGCGAGUAACCCAGACAGUGCUGUGAGCGCUGCUAAAGCGCUGAUUGAGUCGGGCCAAAUAGUCAGGCAUGACAAAUUCGGCCCCGGUAAAGGUCCUAAAUACAGCGGACCUUAUGCUGCCUGGGCUAGGCCACCGGAUACCCCCGCCGAUCAACUCGCUACCACGCCGCUGACAAUGCAGGUACGGAUGCAGCAGCUUUACGGCUCCGCUACCAAGCGCCGUAAAUACCUCGAUGACACCACCUACAAUCAUGUCCGAACCCAGAUCCAGCUUGCGAAAUAUCGGAACCAGAAAACAUACUGUGCUGUCUCUGGUGGCAGUAGCAAUAUAACGGCCGAGGAGAAUUCUUCUUAA